AUGCUGCCGACCUUGCUACCAGUACCACAGCCUUCCUACUCCCAGGCCAGGGAGAACCUGGUGAAGGCUAUCCCACCCAAACUCCUCUGUCUGCUGUUCUGUGGAGGAAUAGACUGCCGCUAUGAAGGACCAGAGUUUUGGAAAUCAAAUCAACAGGUCAUCCGAGGCCUUUUCUCCUCCUGGGUGACAGAUGACAUUAUUGCCAUGGCACGACCAUCCAAGCACCUAAUUGAGAAGUACAACAUCAUAGAACAAUUUCAAAGGUUAAACAUCAGAUCGAUCAUCAACAUGCAGCUCCCAGGAGAGCAUGCUCACUGUGGGCCUCCCCUUGACUCUGAAAGUGGUUUCACAUACUCUCCACAGAUCUUCAUGGAGAAUGACAUUUACUUUUACAACUUUGGGAUGCCAGAUUUCGGUGUUUCCUCCCUCGUCGGUAUGAUUGAUGCGGUGAAAGUUUUGGCCUUUGCAGUGAGGGAAGGAAGAGUGGCUGUGCACUGUCAUGCAGGCCUGGGCAGGACAGGUGUCCUGAUAGCCUGUUACUUGAUCUACACCUUGCGUAUCAGUCCGAGUGAGGCUAUCCACUAUGUACGAAUUAAACGACCACGCUCUAUCCAAACCCGGUCACAGAUCAGCCAGGUGUUUGACUUUGCUCGCCUGCUUGGCACACAGCUGGUCCAAUACCCAGACCUCAGCCUGCGGCAUGGAGACCCUUUCACCCUCCAGCACUACCUAAACCGACAGGCGAUACUGCUCCAUGGCCAGGAGGCACGCACCCUCAGACAAACACCUAAGGUGGUGUACCUCCUAUGUAUGCAUCUCUCCUGCUUAGCCCUGGGUCACCCUGCUCCUCCGGAGAUCCAGGCUGAGCUGGAGAAGAGGUCAGCACUGAGGACUCUGAACAGGACUGUGAGGGAGACCCUGGUGGCUAAACAGUACUUGCCCUUACUUAGGGAGGGUCACAAGGGGUCGUGGGUGAGCACUGGGUCAGUGUCGUCCUGGGACGAGCCACUGGGAUUCUUAGAGAGGAAAAGAGACGUGCUGCUGAACAAACGCAGCUACAGCGACUCUGACCUCAGCAAGAUCACAGACCUGGAGUUGAGUCCAUACUGCACCCCAGCACUCGGGAAAGAGAGACAGUGGUGUGUACAGGAUCUGAGAUCAGGGAGUCCGAUACUUGCCACCCUUUCACCACACCACCAGACCACCAUAAAGGAAUCUCAUACACUCAACAUCUCAAUAUCUGGCAUGACAACAAGCAGCAACUGUGCUAAAAAGUCUAAGUGCACAGCUAAGAAGACACUUCCUAAAUACGGCUCCAACAUUGAGUUGUGCAGAAAUCCACAUAAUCCAGGCCCAACCUCAGUCGCCCGUGCUGUUGCUAAGGCAUUGGCAGACCAUGAUCCUCCAGGAGAAACUGUCCUGCAAAGAUCAGUUCUGCUGCAGGAGGAACUGAACAGUAGUGACUGUGGCUGGGCUCUGCUGGUCACUGAGUCUGAUCCUCAGGUUCUUAGUUGUCUGCUGUGGACCUGGCUGGACAAGUUGAAGGAGCCUGUUCUGAGGGCAGAGGAUGUAGACAGGUUGAACUGUGGAACAGACAACAGGAAGCCUCUCAGUGUGCUCAAAAAGCCACAGAGACACACCAUCUACUGUUUACUGAGCUGUGUGAGCACAGUGACCAGCCUGUGUCCACACAGAGAGGAUGCAGUGCUGCAACGACUCAUGUGCGCGCUAACAAGAUACCCUCAGGAGGAAUUGGGAAGCCUUGCAACUUUGAUGAAGGUCCUGAAGAAGAGUUUGAGAGAAACCUUCCACAACUACAUAUACCUCAAGGGGGCCAGCAGCACCAAUGCUACACUUUGA